AUGCUUCAAGAGCUAUACAGUGUUUCUGUUCAAGUUUUUGAAAGUACGCUGCGUAUCGCGAUGAGACGUCAAUCAUCCUGUGGUUCAUCAAAUCAAAAUACUGUUAAGACUAGAAGAAGCAGAAGAUCUAAUUUAGGUAGUGUGGACUAUUUUCUUCCUUCAUUGAGGCCACGACCACAAACUAGUACUGCGACUACUACUACUACUGCUGCUACUACUACUACUACCGGUACCACCAGAAAUUCCACUACGCCGUAUAAUACUAUUUUGAAUGAACGUCGUCACCGCCUAUGUAAAGUGAUUCGACAGGUGUACACUUAUCUAUGUUUUAGUAAUCGAGUAGACAAAUGGGAACAUGUACAUGAGUGUUUAACAAAUAAUUCCCGCCUGUUAUCCGAACAGCUGUCUAAGCUUACUGUGCGCUCGAUCCCUACCUCUGAUGAUGGUCAUACCGAUAUAACCUGUGACUUAGAUUCUUCUCCGGUGGUUGCUAACAAUAUUGGUAAUCCAGUCUCACUGGCCGAUCCGAUCCGAAUUCCACAUUCCUUUAAUCUUCGUAGUUCAUAUGGCAUAGAAAUCAACGAUAAAAUUCAUCAUACAGGUGUUGUAAUGAUCCCUCAUGUAGAUCCACUGCCGAGCUUUACUACGUGGUCAAAAGUACAACAAAAUUUCUCUGUAGAAGAUGAAACCGAGUUGACUAACUUACCGUAUAUUGGAGAGGUGCAGGCUCGAGAGGAUAUAGAGUUUUUUGAAGAGCUGUUGACCAAUUAUGGUGGUCGUUUGCAUGGGAGCUUCCCGUUUGAAUUUGAUGAAUCUCUGCUUGUUCAGCUGGUUGACUUAACUAAUACUGUUUGGUCAGAAAUUAUUUCGUAUUGUGGUUUAUCCAUCGAUGGAGAAUCACCUGUGGUAGUGAAAGCUAUUGAACAUGCAAGUGAUGGCGACGGCGAAACACAAGAGAAUAAUGACAAUAAUGUUGUCUGUGCUGGGUCAAGUCGGUCUCUGUGUGAAUCUAAUGCUAAAAGCCUAGUAAUGAAAGGAUUGAAGCCAAAUAAAAAGAAGGAAGGUGAAUUUGCAAGGCAAGAGGAUGUAUUGAUUCCGAAAGGAGGUCGUUUAACUCGUCGAUCUGCACAAAUUGAAAUUAAGAAUGGUAGUGUUGGUCAUGCUAGUGAUAGCGAUAAUCAGGUGACUGUUGGUGGUGAAAAGAAGAAUAAAAGUGAAGGGAAUAUGAUAACAGUGAAAGAAGUGUUCCAAAUUGGUGAAUUGGCUCCAGCAGACUUGAGUCACAAUCCACCCGAAGCAAAGCGUUUCAAAGAUUGUGGAGUCCCUUAUGAAGUGUUUAUUGCGAUAGCUGGAACAUUCGGUUCUACGGAUAAUGUAAAUAAACUUCAACAGAGGUAUGUAGAAAUGAAGGGACGUGCAAAUAAUUCUCAGUUAAUUGAAGAAACACCAACAUCAUUUCCAAAUUUAGAUGAUCCCUUUGAGGUGCACAAGGCUGUUACCAGUGGUCGACGCAAAGUCCUAUCACGAGCUGAUGCUUUACAUUCAUACAGAACAUUAUUUUGUCGUCGGUGUUUUAAGUAUGACUGUUCUUUGCAUCCGUAUAAGUCCACUCCUUCGAUGUGGAGUCAUCGUUGGCCGAUCGAUACCACGAAAGAUGCCGAAACAAACGCCCCAUAUUGUGGUUCAUGGUGUGUCCGCAAGUCGGUGAACCAUACCGCUGCACAAGACUCAUUGAAUAAUAAUAAUAAUAAUAAAGGUGAAGUAAUACAAGGAACUAGCAAUGUGGAAUGGAGUCCUGAAGAAAAAUGUCUAUAUGAAGUAUUAGCUCCAUCGUUUAUCCCCUACGGGCAUCCAUCUUUUAAUUUGUACAAUUGGUGUUGUAAAAUGUCGAAAUUACUUGGGACGAAAAAGUGUUCUGAUUGUAGAGCAGAUAACGAAGAACUACUUGGAAUGAGAAAUCAUUCCUAAAUAUCUACGUCCGCGAUCUCCAAUUCCAACGGACAGAUUUAGAAGCCGAAUAGAAAGCCUACAAAAAUCAUGCCUGAAAGAAGAGAUCCACAGAAUCGUUAAAAAGUUGCAACAUAUCAGAUGUGAAGUUGAGCAAUUAAAACAAAAGCUAAAAGGAAUAGUUACCAAUGUAGAUUAUGAUCUUAUAACACAAUCCUCCAGCAGUGCAAAAUCAGUAACUUUCAAAAAGUCAAAAAAUAGUCAAAUCAAAAUGUUCAACAAAUUAUUAGAGGAGAAAUCUUCAUCUCAGAAUGAUGAAGUCAAUAAUCCAAAGUCAACGGCGAUCGAUAAAUCAAAGUGGGUUAUCAAUCUCGCAACACAUGUAUUAACUUCUACGGAAAUAAGUGUAUUAGAAAAGGGACUAAAUUUCAAUGUAUCAGUAGACAAGCUGAAACCUGAGGAUAUUAUCCGUAAAUUGGAAACAGCACUAAGUGGGAUAGACAAAACAACGGCUGAUGAAGUGCGGGCACAAUGUGCACUUACAUUAAAACGAAAAAAAUGUGGAAAGCCUAACCUGACAAAAUCAGAGAUAGAAGCCCUGAAAGACCUUAAGAAUAACAAGGAUAUAGUUAUCACAAAGUCAGACAAAGGAAAUGCGGCAGUAGUAUUAAACCAAUCAGACUAUUUGAACAAGGUAAAUACUCACAUAGAAACAGGACCAUAUGAGGAAAUUAAUAAAUCAAUAGACACAGUUAUGAAUAAAGUUAAGAAAUCCACAGCGGACCAUAUGCGCCGAAUGAAGUCGUUUCUAGAUGAUGAUGAAGACUCGCAAACGAAUGGUUCUGUUCAAAACGGUUCGAGGAACACUACCACUAGUAAUAAUGAUGGUAAUACCACCCUACCAAGUGGUUAUCUCGCGCAUCAAUAUCAUCCGUGUGAUCAUCCUGGACAACGGUGUAAUGAUUUGUGUUCAUGUAAGAAGGCUGGAACAUUUUGUGAAAAGUUUUGUCAAUGUCCACCUGAUUGUGCGAAUAGGUUUCCUGGAUGCCGAUGUCGCGGUCAAUGUAAUACGAAGCUAUGCCCUUGCUUUUUGGCUAUUAGGGAAUGUGAUCCAGAUCUAUGUAUGUCAUGUGGAGCCCAACCAUCUUUUGGGACAUUUAAUUCAGUGGAGGAAUUAUUUAAUGCCCUAAAGGUUAGCUCACCAGUUUUUACUGGGACGUGUCGAAACGUCGCAAUACAAAGGGGCUUACGAAAGCACCUGUUAAUGGCACCAUCUGAUGUUUCUGGGUAAGAGUGUUAGUUUUGUUUGUGUUCUCUAAUUUCUUGUUGUUUUCAUUAUUGUUGGCCAGCUCUCAGUUCUCGACUGAGAAAUCCCUCAGCAAUACUACACUUAGUUUACCACUGUGAAUAUGUUGUCUGCAUACCUCCGCCAUAUUUUGGGGUUGGGUCUAAUUGUUUCAGCCACUAAGUUUUCAAAUGUAUCCACAAAUGUACCUGUGACUGUCGGGGAUAUUGGUGAUCCGUUGCCAGUACGCUCAGUUUGUUUGUACAAUUUCCCUUGGAGUUGAAAUGAUGUAGAAGUCAGAUAUAGGUGCACUCCUAGUACGAUACCUUCUAGUGGUAAUUUUUAGUUUUAGGUCCGAUAUGAGUCUGUUUCUGACCGAAUCUGUGACUGCACUUAUCGGUAUUUUCGUGUAUAAACUGAUGAUGUGGAAACUAACCAUCUUUUCAUGUUGUCUACGUAAUUUUAACUAAUCCAGUUUGUGUUUAAGUUCAUAAGAAUUCGGGAGUCUAGAUUUUGAGUGGUUUCCAAAUGGAAUUUAAUGCUGUAGGUAAAUAUUUAGACAAUCCAUAAGCAGGAGAAUUUCUAAAAUCAACUGUGAAGUUAAUCGGAUACGCUGGCCUGCGAACUAUAAAAAUACCAUAUGUUGUACUGAGGUUGUUAGUUUUUGGCGUCAGUUGAUACUAACCAGAGAAUGGUGGAGAAGUUACAUUAGUACAUUUUGUUUAAGUGAGAUUCGCAAUUUGCAAAUCACAUGUAUUACAAGUUCUCCCAAGUAGCUAGCUAGCCAGUCAGCCAGAAUUUCGGUGGUUUGAGGAGACUCCUUUGUGUCUGUCUCCGAGCUAGGUCAGUACCAGGUACACUGUUGAUGUGGUCGGACCGGCCGGCUGAUGAGAGGGACAAACGUCUUUCUGGUGUGUGAUUAGAUUGGUCACCUUGAUCUAACUGACUACCUAGGUAGCUAGCUGGCAAGCAAGCACUACUCUUAUCAGUGGUUUAUGCAGAGUCAUACUCAGUGUUCUUGUUUAUUGUGUUUGUUACACAUACAUGUUUUUGAUAGAUGGGGCAUAUUUAUCAAAGACGGUGCAGAUAAGAACGAGUUUAUCUAUGAAUAUUGUGGUGAGAUCAUUAGUCAAGACGAAGCUGAUCGACGUGGUAAGUUCUCAAGAUUUCUCUGUGUGUUAUUCUCAUUGUUAUUACUCAUCACCAAUAAAUCAAUGAAUAAGUGGAUAAAUAAAUAAAUCAGUAAAUAAAAGUGAUAAUUUGAAAUAAAAGCAGGUUAUUAUGUUAUUAUUAUUAUUCUCUUGUCUUCCGGAUGGAACAUAGAGUUUCAGCAACAACAGAUCUCCAGCUCAUGUCGUCCUCUUCAGUCUUUCUUUAGCUGACUCCACAAUUGAUCUUAGGCUUUCAUUCCUUCCGCCUUGCAUGAUCUCUCGACGCACCGUCGAACGCCGAGCCGUCUUUUCCCAUUUGGGUCUGACUUGAGCGAUGGUGUGAUUGGCGCCCAUUGGACGGUCUUCUGAGUGUGUGUGUCCAGUCCAUCCCCGUUUUCUUCUGCAUAUUUGUUGUCCAGUAGGUUGUUGGUUGGUCCGUUACCUUUCCUUUCUGAUCGUUCAUCUUAUGUUGAGUAUCGAGUCAGUGGGAGUAGUGAAUGAUUUUGAAGUAUUCGUCAGUUGUGGUGUUGUUCAAGCUCCACUUAGUUGAAUAUAGCUCGGCGAAAUCGUUCUAAGUGUUGGAACAUAAAAAGAAUUCGAUAGUGAGUUGUUUCUGGCAAAAAGCAAGAAUUAGAGACGUCGUUAACUUUAAUUCGACCACUCCUAACUCUUUUCUAAUCUAAUUGUAUGUUAGCUAGCAUUGCACGACAAGGAAGACAUUGAUUCAGCAUACC